AAAAACCAAAUCGAAACACAACCUUGAUUACCAAAUCGAAAUUCAAUACCACUGGAGUCUUUGGUUGGCUGCAAGAAUGGAAGAGGAGGACCAAGCAUUAUUCAUCCAAGAACCACAACACAGGCCAAGUGUCUCCACCAUGGAAGCACAAGGAAUUCCAGUCAUAGACCUCUCCCCUGUAACAUCAAGCAACCCUUCUAUUUCUUCCAUUGACGCGCUGGUGAAGGAGAUCGGAAGCGCGUGCAAGGAAUGGGGAUUCUUCCAAGUAACAAACCACGGUGUGCCUCUCUCUCUGAGGCGGAACCUUCUGGAAGCAUCCAAGAACUUCUUUUCUCAGAGCUUGCAAGAAAAGAAGAAGGUUAGCAGAGAUGAAAGUUCUCCGAGCGGUUACUAUGACACUGAGCUCACAAGGAACGUUAGAGAUUGGAAAGAAGUGUUUGAUUUUCUUGCAAAAGAACCAACUUUCUUCCCUGUUACUGCAGAUGAACUUGAUGAUCGAGUCACGCAGUUGAGUAAUAAAUCUCCUCAACAUCCUUCUCACUUCAGAGAUAUAAUCCAAGAGUAUAUUGAAGAGAUGGAGAAGCUAGCCUUCAAAUUGAUGGAACUUAUAGCUAUGAGUUUAGGCCUUCAACCGAAGAGGCUUGAGGAAUUCUUUAUGAGAGGUCAAACCAGUCUUAUUCGUCUCAACUAUUAUCCUCCAUGCCCCUUCCCUCACAUAGCUCUUGGAGUUGGUCCACACAAGGAUGAAAGUGCCUUAACCAUUCUUGCUCAAGAUGAGGUUGAAGGACUUGAAGUGAAACAUAAGACACAUCAAGAGUGGGUCAGAGUGAAACCAACCCCAAAUGAUUAUAUCAUCAACGUUGGUGAUAUUAUUCAGGUUUGGAGCAACGAUGCCUAUGAGAGUGUGGAACACAGAGCAAUAGUUAAUUCAGAGAAGGAAAGGUUUUCCAUUCCAUACUUCUUCUUCCCUGCACAUGACACUGAAGUGAAGCCAUUGGAGGAGCUAACAAAUGAGAAAAGUCCUUCAAAAUAUAGGCCAUAUAAAUCCGGAAAGUUUCUUCUAAGCAGAAUGAACAGCAAUUUCAAGAAGCAAACAGACGAGAAUAUACAAAUUCAUUAUUAUAAGCUAGCUUAAAGAUUUUAAUAAGAUUUCAUCAC